UGCCCGACGCCCUUCCCCCUCCCAACAGUGCCCGCGCGUUCCCGUGAAGCCUUGCGAUGUACCACAGUAGGACGCGGCCAGUCUAGUGUGGGAGCAACGCCGAGCGACUCUUUUCCGUUGAGCACCACCGUCUGGUCUGACCAGUCCGUACGCACCGCAGGGAUGGCAGCCAUCCGUAAGAAGCUGGUGAUCGUUGGCGAUGGAGCUUGUGGGAAGACCUGUCUUCUGAUUGUCUUUAGCAAAGACCAGUUCCCAGAGGUCUACGUGCCCACUGUGUUUGAGAAUUAUGUCGCUGACAUAGAAGUGGACUGCAAACAGGUGGAGUUGGCUCUGUGGGACACGGCUGGUCAAGAGGACUACGAUAGGCUCAGACCACUCUCUUAUCCAGACACUGACGUCAUUCUCAUGUGCUUUUCCAUAGACAGCCCAGACAGCUUGGAAAACAUUCCGGAGAAGUGGACACCAGAGGUAAAACACUUCUGUCCCAAUGUUCCCAUCAUCCUCGUUGGAAACAAGAAAGACCUGCGCAAUGAUGAGCACACGCGUCGGGAGCUGGCUAAAAUGAAGCAGGAGCCGGUGAAGUCUGAGGAGGGCAGGGAAAUGGCCGGCCGGAUCGCGGCGUUUGGCUACAUGGAAUGCUCCGCAAAGACCAAGGAUGGCGUGCGGGAGGUGUUUGAGAUGGCCACAAGGGCGGCGCUGCAGGCUCGCCGCAGAAAGAAGAGCGAUAAGUGUGUACUGCUGUAACGUGGCAGUUAUUGUUGGGACUGUUUGCACCUGGCCUGUUGUACCUGUGGCCAGGGUGGGGGAGGGAUGGAAAAAAAUUAGGGGGCGUAGGAGGAAGGGCAGGAAAAGACUGCAGUUAAUGACUACCGCUAUAAAAUGGCUGUUUGUCAGACUGGGACUUUUUUUUUUUAAUUUGGGGGGGAAGCUUUGAUGGAGAGGGAUUUGAUGUGGGCAAAUGACGACUGUUGUAAACCAUUGGACUCUUAAUUUGGUGGCAGCUCGACACCACCCAAAGACAGCUUCCCCCCCAACCAACAGAGAAGUUCAUUAAGAGAUCCUGGUCCUUAAAUCAAAGGUAUUCAUCCGUGAUGAUUUGUGGCGGGACAUUCCGCUGACUGUGUUAUGUUUGGAUGGCAAUAUGAAUUUCCUCCCUGGAUGACUUGAUGGGUCAGGCAGGGCACGGCAAGUACAGUUAAUGGCUGCCAUUUGGGAUAGGUAUCGUGCAGUCGCAGGUGAGUGAAUUUGCCCUGUAAUGAGGCUGUACACACAAAGAUCAGAUGCUCACUUGGGUUAUUUCGAUGUGCCUACAGUUCAACUGCAACAAGACAACACGAAUACUCGUGUCUAGAAACAUUUUGAUCCUGUGUGCACCCUACGCGACCCCCUCCACUUCAGAUGCGAGGUUCUUAUGUGUGUGCUCACAUGUGCAGCCUUAAAUGAUUGAGGUCUAUCUGAGGUUAAUCUUGUGCUAACAGACUCCCAGCCAGUACAUGCACUCAGCCCUCACCCCACUGGCCCGGCUCUAUUAUUAUACCACACUGUACUGCAAAUUCACACACCGUUGCCCCCUGUUGUUACCAUUUAAACUACUUGUAAAAUGAUUCUGGCAAUAAUUACUUUUAACGAGCAUGCUCCUACCACCAAUAAUAUCCUGGGUUUUAAAAAAUGACAACAAAAGAAAUGUGUGGUCCAGAAGGAUUUUUAAGCCCGCCAAACUCUUCUCGUCUCCCACCACCUUCACCGCCCUCAUUACUCCCCCAUACUUGUGACUGCUGGUGCUGACCUUCUCCUGGUUGUAGACCAGGACGGAGAGCGAGGAGAGGAAGUAUUUUGUUUACAUGCAACGCCACCACUAAUCUCUGGAUCUGGAUGUUAUGUGGAAGUAAUUGCGACUGUGAAGUAUUUGUCAUUCAUCAGUCCAGACGUAAUUACUAAAGAUGAUUCUUAUUACAAAGCAAAUGUCGGACUGCAGUGGGCUGCUGUGUGUGCGCGCAUGCUGUUACAGCUCAGAUGCGGCCGUUUUGUAGGUUCUCGGUGUAAAAGAGGCUUAAGAGGGUCCCUGGGAUCAGCCGCAAGCACAUUUAAAAAUUGAAUAUGCCUUAUUAUUCAAGUGUUAUCUGCCGACCCACAAAACUGCAUGCCAGCCUUUUUUGGGGAAACAACCAACGGUGUUCCUCAGCACUAUCUAGACAAAUUUGGAUUCACAACCUGGUUAAUUGCUUGCUGUUAGUGGUAUUUGGUUAAAAUGAUGAUGGUGGCCUGUCAGUUUUGGCUCAAAUAAAAGAACCCCUCUAGUUCCUCUUUCUGGCCUACCGGGAUGUGUUUGCUCCAGGAACCUACUCUUGUAUUGUUAGAUUACACUUUAUUUCCUGCUUUUAUUUUGAAAUGUAUUCUGUUGUCUGUAUUUAAGAAAGAAAAAAAAACAGGUGGAACAAGAGCGGACUGCUAUUUUUGCUUGCUUUACUUGACUUUACACUUGGUGAUUAAGAAUCUGUCAAUCAGUCCCACCAAAUGUUUUUCGACAGGAGAGAGGCUGGAGUAUUACUUGGACCCUGGAUUAAGAGGUGUGUUUUCAAUGCAAAUUGAGAGUGCAAAAAAAAAGCCUCCUUGUAAUGUACAAAUCAUUUCUUUUAAUGAAUGUUUCAAUCAUAAAUUCUGGAUGCUGAAGUCAGAACAGGAAAACCAAGCUGUAUGCAAUGUCUGUAAAUAUGAAUUAUGGGGUUGUUCAAACUAAACUAUACACACACACGACUGGAAACUGUAUUUGUAAACUAGCUUUGGUUUGUGUAAUAAAUUACUUUCUAUAAC